CGACAGUAUAACUCCACUACUGACAUACAUGAUAUAGCGAUAUCUGGCCAGACCCCACCAGAUUAUAGUUUGCCUGUAAUAAUUUCUCCACCCUUGCGGCGUUUAAUUUCAUGUUUAAGAAGAUAAUCAAUCUACGAAAAAGUAUCUGUCAAACAUGCCUGCAUAUCAUUCAAGUUUUUUAGAAAAUAACCAAACGGUUGGCAACAUGGCAUUGCUACCGUUCAAAACCCAGUUUCGAGGACCAGCACCGUCAUUCAGUAACAAAGAAUUAGACAUAAUAGACGAAGCUUUGUAUUUCUUUAAAGCAAAUGUUUUCUUUCGAACCUACGAAAUUAAGAGCGAAGCUGACCGAGUCUUAAUAUACAUCACUUUGUACAUCACUGAAUGCUUGAAGAAAUUACAGAAAUGUGCAAACAAAAAUCAGGCAACCAAUGAGAUGUACACCUUGGCUAUUUCCAAAUUUGAUAUUCCAGGAGAAGCCGGUUUCCCAUUAAACUCUGUUUAUGCUAAGCCAAAUACUGCGUCUGAUGCUGAUUUAAUGAGGCAAUAUUUACAACAGUUGCGCCAGGAAACUGGCAUUAGAGUCGUAGAAAAGGUUUAUGGAGAAGAUGGAAAGCCCAGCAAAUGGUGGCUGUGUUUCGCCAAGAAGAAGUUUAUGGACAAGUCAUUAUCCGGACCUGGCCAAUAAAUUGUAAAUUAUCUUCUCUUACAAUUCAAUCCAAUCGCUGUAAGAUAGGUUCAUUUUAUGGCUCUUGUCUUUUUCUGAAGAGUGAGCUACAUGUUAAUUAUUAAUUGUUUUUCACACUUCUAUUAACAUCAAUCAAUAAUUUUUAGAAUUUUUCUGCAAUGUUGAGUUCAAUAUGUUUAAUUUAUUAAGAAAAAAAAAUAUCCGGCUGAUAGUCGUAAUCAAUUUUAAACUACUAAAUGUUCCCUGUUACGAAUUAGAUAGGAUUUCAUUGGAAAAAUAUUGUGUGUAGGUAAUUACAAAUCCUGCAAACACAAUAUGUUUAAUUAAAUAAGGAAAGAAAAAAAUAUCCGGUUGAUAGUUGUGGUCAAUUUUAAAUUGCUAAAUGUUCCCUGUUAAAAAUUAGAUAGGAUUUCGUUGGAAAAAUAUUGUAUGUAGGUAAUCACAAAUCGGGCAAAACACACUUCAAUUGUAUUGUUUAAUUUAUUACAGAUAAAAAAAAUAUCUAGCCGAGAAUUCUAGUGGAUUUUAAAGUGUAAGUGUCCCUUGUUGUAAGUUAGAUAGGAUUUUGUUGGAAAAAUGUUAUAGGUAUGUAGAUAAUUACAAAUCAGGCAAACAAAUGGUACGCACGCAUGUGAUGAACCAACGGCAAAGGUAAAACAAUUUGUGAAACGUAUAAAUAUACCUACGCAUAUUCAUCCCACGUCAUAUAAUUUUCAAUAAAAACUUUAUUUUAUAUUGCGGA